GCGAGCAACGUCGUCUUCUUGCCGGGGCCAGUAGCGGUAGCUGCAGAGCCGACAGGAGUGGCUGCCUGUGGGGCAUGGAAGCAGCCUCCCCUGUAGCCCAGAGAGAAGCGAGCGUGCCCGGCUGCCUGUGACCUAGGCGUCAGGCUGCUGUCCCCUGCCUGGGGAGCUCAUCAUCCACAGAGAGAUCUCUCCUUUCCUUCUCUUCCAAAUCUCCCUCUGCAAGGCCGGCUGAAGCCAGGAGCCAAACCAGAGGGGAACAUGGAACUGCUGUCCACCCCCCACAGCAUCGAGAUCAACAAUAUCACUUGCGACUCCUUCCGUAUCUCCUGGGCCAUGGAAGACAGUGACCUGGAAAGGGUCACUCAUUAUUUCAUUGACCUCAACAAGAAGGAAAACAAGAACUCCAACAAGUUCAAGCACCGGGAUGUCCCCACCAAGCUCGUGGCCAAGGCAGUGCCUCUGCCCAUGACGGUGAGAGGCCACUGGUUCCUGAGUCCCCGUACAGAAUACAGUGUGGCUGUGCAGACAGCGGUAAAGCAGAGUGACGGCGAGUACCUGGUGUCUGGCUGGAGUGAGACUGUGGAGUUCUGCACGGGAGAUUAUGCCAAGGAGCACCUUGCCCAGCUGCAGGAGAAGGCUGAGCAGAUCGCUGGCCGCAUGCUCCGCUUCUCUGUCUUCUACCGCAACCAUCACAAGGAGUACUUCCAGCAUGCCAGGACCCACUGCGGGAACGUGCUGCAGCCUUACCUGAAGGACAACAGUGGCAGCCACGGCUCCCCCACCAGUGGCAUGCUGCAUGGUGUCUUCUUCAGCUGCAACACGGAGUUCAACACAGGCCAGCCCCCACAGGACUCCCCUUAUGGCCGCUGGCGCUUCCAGAUCCCUGCCCAGCGCCUCUUCAACCCCAGUACCAACCUCUACUUUGCGGACUUCUACUGUAUGUACACAGCCUACCACUAUGCCAUCCUGGUACUGGCACCCAAGGGCUCCCUGGGGGACCGCUUCUGCCGUGACCGUCUGCCCCUCCUGGACAUUGCCUGCAACAAGUUCCUGACCUGCAGUGUGGAGGACGGGGAGCUGAUCUUCCGCCAUGCUCAGGACCUCAUCCUGGAGAUCAUCUACACCGAGCCGGUCGACCUGUCCCUGGGCACACUGGGAGAGAUCAGCGGGCACCAGCUCAUGAGCCUGUCCACUGCUGAUGCCAAGAAAGAUCCCAGCUGCAAGACCUGUAACAUCAGCGUGGGCCGCUAGGGACUCCUGGGGAGCUGGAGGCCUGGGGAGAGAUGGCAGGAGGGCGGGGAAUGUGUGGCUUAGGCUUGGGGAGCUGGCUUUCUCUCCCCUCCCCCUGCUCCCUCCACUCUGUCCAUCCACCCCUCUCCCACCCCGUGUUGGAGACAACAGAAGGUGGUCCUCCUAGUUAGCAUGGCCCAUUUCAGGCCUGGUGGACUUGGGGUGGGGGGGGGGGUUUCUCAGCAGGAGAUAACUUCCUUUUCUGUUUUCCUCUUCUGUUUGGGGGCCUCAAGCAGGCCUCCAUCUCCCAAAGUCCUCCCUGCCUCCUGGGCCAAAGCCCGUGUGUGACCUGGCCUCCAUGUAGAUGCAGAAGGUUGUGGGGCACCUUCUUCUUAGCCCCGCCCACCCCACUCAGGGCCACCUCAGACAGCACCCUCCCUACUCAGCUGGGCCCCGAGGUCUGACUCCUCCAGGCCAGGACCCUCCCUCUAUAAAUAACGUCCCGCACUGCUGCCGCCUCACCCUGGCUGCUCCUUCCCACCC